CUCUUGUCCAUUUCUAACACACCCCGGAUGUUUAUCCUCGUUGCUAUUGGAGUGUUCUGCAAUCGUCGACCGAUGCAGCAAUGCCGGCGGAUUCUGCUAGCGCUCCAGCUGCCAGGAAGAAGUGUUUAGUCAGUAUUCAUGAUGCGGUGAAAGCUGGCGAUGUGACGGAACUCGAGUUAAUGGUGAAAAGUGGAGCCAGCAUUAAUGAAGUGGAUCCCAUUCACAAAUUUACACCAUUGCAAUGGGCAGCACACUCCGAUAGCUUAGAGUGCCUACACUGGUUGCUAUGGCAUGGUGCUGACACAACUGAUGUAACUCCCAGAGGUUGGACAGCCGCGCACAUUGCAGCCAUUAGGGGUCACGAUGCCUGUAUGCAGGCCUUGGUAAUGAAUGGUGCAAACCUAACAGCGAAGGAUGAUAGAGGUUGUACUCCAUUGCACCUGGCUGCUUCACAUGGACAUUCAUACACUCUUCAGAGGAUUCUUCACAGUGGUGUGGGUACAAAUCCAGCUGAUAAAAACAACUGGAGGGCAGUUCACUAUGCUGCCUUUCAUGGAAGGCUGGGUUGCUUGCAGCUUCUGGUCAGGUGGGGUGCAGACGCGAAUGAAGUGGAUCAAGAUGGGAAUUUACCAGCUCAUCUUGCAGCAAUGGAAGGCCACCUGCACUGCUUUAAGUUUCUUGUCAGUCAAGGGGUUAGUGUGACACACGUAUUGACAGCGAGGAAUGACCAAGGUGAAACCCCAAAUGAUCUUGCAAAGAGGUUCUACAAGGACAACAUCGUGCAGUAUAUAGCAGCCGUGGAGCAUGAACGGGAUCACCCAGAUGAUCAAGAAAACCUUGCAUUUCCAGCUCAUGUAGGUGCUUUCAAAGGAGAUCUCAAGACUCUGCAACAACUAGUGGAAUCUGGAGUGAUUAACCUCAAUGAACGAGAUGAUAAAGGCUCCACGCCCAUGCAUAAAGCUGCUGGGCAAGGACACCUCGGCUGCCUGCAAUGGCUUAUAGAAAUGGGAGGAGACCACCACAUCAAAAAUGAAGCUGGAGAGACACCGAUGGACGUGGCUAAGAGAUUUUCCCAGUUGGCUGCCGUGAAACUCCUUGGAGGAGGCCUAGAUGAUGUCUUAGACGAAGAGAUGAAUAAGGACAGUCCCAGUUUCUUCGACCAACAUGGUAUUGAAAGGAGUACAGAUAAUCAGGACAGCAUUAACCAAAGUCCUGGUCAAAAAAGGGAAGCUAGAAUGAGGGCCUAUAAGAAAAUUGAAAAAUUUGAGCAGUUAUUAGAAAUUGCCAAAAACAACUACAGACAGCUUGGAGGUAUGCUGGAGGAAGAUCAGCUCCAACAGAAGGACAAGAAAGAAGCAGAAAGAAUUCUGCAGGAGCUACAGGCUCAACUAGAUUACGAGCGUCUACGGCGAGAGAAGUUGGAGUGUCAACUAGAUGACUGCCGAGCAGAAAUAGGUCACUUGAAUCAAUGUUUGGAGAAGUUGAGGACGUGUAGCAGUUCUGUGGAAGAAAAUGUUGAAGAUAUGUUGAAGGGGAGAAAAACAGUAAGGAAUAAACAGAGGUUCAGCAGUGGUGGUGUCUUUGUACGACGUGCUCCUGACAGGAGCGGUUUCAGUCACAGACCUCGUUAACAGCCACUCACUAUUCCCCCCCAAAUCCUUUUCCACUGGAUAAUUCAAGUUCAAGAUCAUGAUCAAUUCCAUAAUAGGUUGGGCUUCGUUUAAAUUGCUCCACUAUUUUCAGUUUUUUUUUAAAAGCGCAAAAUCAGGAUUUUACAGUGGCGAUCGACACUAAAUUCUGUCAUAACCCAGCAGGACAGGCAGCAUCCCUGGAUAGAAGGAAUGAAUGACAUUUGAAGUUGGGUCUCGACCCAAAACG